GAGCCCGGGCUCUAUCUCGCCCUGCUGGGACGGGUCUUCGAUGUGGAGCGGGGCCGCAAGCACUAUGGGCCAGGCGGCGCUUACAGCGGGCUCGCAGGCAGAGAUGCCACCAGAGCGUUUGCCAGCGGCGACUUCACCCCGGCGGGGCUGGUGGACAACGUGGCGGGGCUGUCACCCCCAGAGCUGCUCUCCAUCCACAGCUGGUUGAGUUUCUACAACGACAACUACGAGCCCGUGGGGAAGCUGGUGGGCAGAUUCUACGAUGAAAAUGGGGCACCGACAGAAGCCCUGAGGGAGGUUGAGGCUGCCAUUGAGGAAGCUCUCAAAUUCCAAGCAGAAAGUGAGCAGAAGAAGCAGCAGUUCCCACCCUGCAACUCUGAAUGGAGCUCUGCUAAAGGCACGCGGUUCUGGUGCUCCAGACAGAGGUAAGCUUGUACACUUUGGAGCAGAGCCUUUUUUUGGGUGCCCUGUGCUUUGUUCCUGCCUCUCCUGGCAGGAGGGGUGUGGGAAGAUGUCCUGGCUCCUGCAGCCACCACACUCAUGGGUAGGUGAGGUCUGUGACAACAACUGGAGGCUGUUUCCUCUUAUCCUCUUACCCUGUCCCUUGUUCCCUGGGAGCAGAGCCCGACCUUCAACUCCUAUUAUGAAGUUGUAGAGAGUGAGAAGGUCCCCCUGAGCCUCCUUUUCUCCAGGCUUAAUUUCUUCUAUCACACUGGAAUCAGAGAAUUUACCACAUAUGCACCUGAUCCUCCUGUUCUCAGCAAAACAGGACAGAAAUCCCAGUAGUACUGGGAUUCAAACAGCUUCUGUCCCCCAUCAGGAGUACAAACAUUGAUCUAUGUUUUUGAGACAGUUUCACUGUGAUACAACACUUUCACUUAAAACACAUAAAAAUGAGGUUAAGCUUUGAAUAACCAUUUCAUACUUUCCUGUUAGUAGCUGUCUCUCAGCUUAGAGACUAUUUUGUUUGAGGAUGAAAUAAUUUCACAGGCUACACUGCAAAAUGCUUGAGUUUCAUGAGCACUGUGUACCCCAGGGCUCUGCUUCUCUGUGUGACUGAGCUUGGGGACAGUCUUGGGACCAUGUGGCAGUGACUUGUAUAAGAAGCUUAAAAGCUGCAGUGGUUGGGCACCCGGCAGGAUUUGGCCCACAGAGAGACACUUAGAUAUAAGUGAGAUUAUUAAGAUUAAUUAGUUGGGGAAGUACUUUUUCUUCUGCCCCAGUUCUCAAAAAUCAGUGUUUAGUCAAGGCACAGAGAGCCUAAAAGAGCCUGGACUAGCGGAAGGUGUCCCUGCCUAUGGCGGGGGUGGAACUGGAUGAUCUUCAAGGUCCCUUCCAACCCAAGCCACUGUGAUUCUGUGAAGAUCUGUGGUCACCUGUGAGCAUUUAGAUGCCUGCAGAAAAGGCAUCUUGCUGUGCAACAGAAAGCUGUGAUUCCUCUUCCAGCAAUGGAAAGAUGGAAUGCAGGAGUUGGUCACUCUCAGAA